UCUUGAGAAGAUCCUCUUAUUGUAAGGUCCAAAACAGACAAAACUAAAGGAAAACCUCAAGGAAAACAGUGGUAAGUGAAUAAACUAAACAUUGCUUUAUGCAUAAUGCUGCUGCAGCAGGAACAUAUGCUAAAAUUGAUUUUAUUUGACUUUUUUCUGAAAACAUGACAGUUACACUUUAAAUAUGGCAAAUCUUCAGUGCUGCUGACAGUACACAAUGCUCCGAACUGAGGAAAGUUUCUGAAUUCCCUCAGAACUGCUGGCAGCCACAAACAGGGAAUGCAUAUAGUCAGCAUUUUAUCUAGAAGUAUGGACUCUGAGUACAGUGCGAAGCAGGAGGGACCGAUGGACAAGCAGAGAUCAGGAGAUAUGAGGUCGUACUUCAAGGAAAGACCAGUGAUCAUCACAUAUGGACUGCUGGCACUUUCAUUUAUCCUGGUUAUUGUCCUCUUUGCAACUGUCCACUCUCAGAAUUUCACACCAGAAAGGGAAGAGUUGGCCAGCAAGGAUGACAUUCUCGGCCUGAACAUCACUGUUAGUUCAUUGACAGAAAAAAUGAAAGAAAUAGAGCGCGCUGCAAAAAAGAGAGGCAUGUGUGACACUGGUUGGAAACUGUUUGACAGCAAAUGCUACUUCUACUCAAGAUCCAAGUCUAACUGGUAUAGAGCCAGGACCAUGUGCGUAAUGAAGAACGCUGACUUAGUUGUAAUUAACAAUGAAAACGAACAGCGGUUUAUCAAGGAUAUAGUGAAGAGCACACCUUCCUGGAUUGGCCUAACUGACUCAGAGGAGGAGGGAAAUUGGACAUGGGUCGAUGGAACAGACUACAAAACAUCCUAUAAGGGUGACCUCAAUGGUGUCAACAUAUCACAUCUAGAACCAAUGAUUGGCUGUGUGGCAGUUCGUCAUGUCAUCUAUGGAUCGGUGAGGGACCAGGGAAGCACUGGCAUAGGAUCAGAAGGGACUUGGUCCUGGAGGCCAAACGAACCCAACAAUACUGGAGAUGAUGAAGACUGUGGCCAUACUGGGGCAGAUGCGGACUGGAAUGACAAGGGCUGCCAUGUUGACACCUUCAAUGCCAUCUGCGAGAAGAAACUUUGAAUUUCUAUUCUCCUCAUGGACAGUCAUUAUAAAUACCUACACUCAUUACAACUCAGAACUUUUUAUGAUUAUAUCAUUAUGUAUUUAUUCAUCCGGGCUUCUUGUAUUCAGAUAUAGUUUGAGGAUCUGGUGACUGUUGGGAUACAAUGACAUUUUAAGGAAAACUGAUAAUAGACCAUGUAGCUGAUA